AUGGGCUGUUCUGACGAGGAUAAGCUUGGGUGCGCCUUGUUGUUGCUUGUUGAUGAGGCUCAUUGUUGGGGAGGACAGUCGAGCGUGGUACUGUACCGGAAAGAGGAAUUGGGAUUUUUCCAGAGGAAUUUCAUGGGAGAGCAAUAUCUGGAGGCAAUGAGACGCGAGUUCAUGGAUUUAGUCCAUGAUAAUUUGUUUGUGGGCGAGUAUGAGGCAGAGUUUGUGCAUUUGAGCCAGUAUGUGCCUGAGUUGGUGGCUCAUAAGGUGAGUCGUUGUAAGAGGUGCAGGUUUGGACUAAACCGGGAUAUUAAGUUGUAUCUUGUUGAGAUGGCCCGUGCUUUAGAAGAGGCUUUGAGGGAGGAGCCCAAAGCUGUUGCCACUUGUACUACUAAGAGGUUGUCAAAGCCUGCUAGAGGAUUUGGCCAAAAGGGUAAGAGUGGUUGUUUUGGGAGGGGUGAUGGUAGUAGAGCAGUUGGUCAGCGCGGAGCUACUCGAGGUGGAACUGGAGGUGUUACGAGAUCGUUUAUUCUGAGAGAUGUAGCUAGAGAGUUGGGGAUUUUUGUAGAGACAUCUAGGUUAGGUGUUACUGUUAAGAGUCCACUAGGUGAUAGUGUAGUGGUAGAUCAGGUUUAUCGUUGUCCUCUGAUGGUUCAGGGACAAGUGUUUUCGGUAGAUCUUUUAGAGUUACCGUUCUGGGGGUUUGAUGCUAUCCUUGGGAUGGAUUGGUUAACUGAGCAUCAGGCGAAGGUCAAUUGUGAGGCGAAGUUGGUGACUUUGUGUCGUGCUAAUGGCUUUGAGAUUGUUGUUGUUGGAGAGAGGUUCGAGUUGCUUUCCAAUGUGGUUUCUAUGCUUAGAGCUGAGAAGUUGGUCCGGAAAGGUUACAAAGCUUAUCUAGCCUAUGUUUUGAAUGCUAAUAGUAAGGAAUUGAGGUUGGAUGAGAUUCGUGCAGUCUGUGAUUUUUUGAAUGUUUUUCUUGAGGAGUUUUUUGGUUUACCGCUAGAUAGAGAAGUUGAGUUUGGUGUUGAACUCUAUCCUGGUACAGCUCCGGUGUUAGUUGUGCCCUACCGUAUGGCACUGAAGGAAUUAAAGGAGUUAAAGCAUCAUUUGCAAGAGUUAUUGGAUCGGGAGGAUGAGCACGACGAGCAUUUGAGAGUGGUUCUUCAAGUUUUGAAGGAGAAACAAUUGCAUGCCAAGUUGAGUGAGUGUGAGUUCUGCCAUCUAGAGGUGGUUUUUCUUAGUCAUGUCGUUUCAGCCGAGGGCAUUCGGAUUGAUCCAAAGAAGGUUGAGGGAAUCUUGGAUUGGAAGCCGCCGAUUACUGUGUUUAAGUUAACUGAUGCAAGGCAGAAGAGUUUUGAGAAGCUGAAGUCUGUUUUGACCAGAUCACCUGUAUUGACACAACCAAAAUAUGGUAAUGAGUAUGUUGUUUUCAGUGAUGCUUCUUACACGGGAUUGGGUUAUGUGCUAAUGCAGGAGGGAAAGGUAGUUGAUUAUGCGUCGAGGCAGUUAAGGCCGCAUGAGUCUAACUAUCCGACCCAUGAUCUGGAAUCGGUUGUUGUAGUCUUUGCACUCAAGAUUUGGCAUCAUUACCUGUAUGGUGAGAGGUGUGUGAUUUAUACCAAUCACAAUAGUCUUAAGUAUCUCUUUACCCAGAAGGAGUUGAACUUCAGACAGAGGCAUUGGAUUGAGCUGCUGAAGGUCUACGAUUGUGCGACUGAAUAUCAUUCGGGAAAGGCGAAUGUUGCUGUUGAUGUCUUGAGUAGGAAUUUUUUGGUUUACUUGAGGGCGAUGUUCGUGAAGUUGUCAAUUUUUGAGGAUGGUGAUUUGUUGGCUAAGCUUCGGGUGAAGUUGACCCUUGGACAACAAAUUCAAGAAAGACAAUCGUUCAAUGAGAGUUUGGCUCAUCGUAUCUAUCAAGUUGAGUUAGGUGUUCGUGGAGAUUUUGGUCUCAAUGCUAAAGGUGUCCUUUGUUUCAGAGGUCGGAUGUGUGUUUCGUUGGAUCAGGAUUUGAGAGAUAUGGUCCUUACCGAGGCUCAUAGUAGUCCAUAUGCUAUGCAUUCUAGUGGGAACAAGAUGUAUCAGGAUCUUCGGGUUUUUUUAUUGAUGCCCUGGGUUGAAGAAGGAAGUAGCUAA